AUGAGCUCGAGCGGGGCACGCGCUGCUCCAAAGAAGGGCGAAAACUACGAGCUGCGUGCAGAUCUAAACUCUGAAUAUCGAGACAAGAGAAAGGAUGCCAUCAAGCGCGUCAUCGCAAACAUGACCGUCGGAAAGGACGUCUCUGGUCUCUUCCCAGACGUACUCAAGAACAUGCAGACCGAGGAUCUCGAGCAGAAGAAGCUCGUCUAUCUCUACCUCAUGAACUAUGCAAAGACGCAGCCAGAGCUCGUCAUUCUGGCAGUCAAUACGUUUGUUAGGGACUCGGACGAUGCAAACCCCCUCAUCCGUGCACUCUCCAUCCGAACAAUGGCAUGCUUGCGAGCAGAAAAGAUUAUUGAUUACCUCAGUCCUCCCUUACAAAAGGCGCUCGUGGAUGAGCACCCAUACGUGCGCAAGACUGCAGCCAUAUGCGUUGCAAAGCUCUACGAUCUCAAGCCGGAACUCGCCAUUGACAACGGCUUUAUCGACACGCUCAAGGAAAUGGUCGGAGAUGCGAAUCCAAUGGUUGUUGCAAAUGCCGUUACAGCUCUCAUGGACAUACACAUCACCAGUCAAAACAUGCUCGAGAGUGGCGCGGAGACGCCAGAAGGCGUCGCCAAAGUGACUUGGCAAAUCAAUUCAGCCAUCCUGAACAAACUUCUUAUUGCGCUCAACGAAUGCUCUGAAUGGGGUCGAGUCGCUAUUUUGACCCAGCUUGGACGAUACAAGGCUGUAGAUGAGCGUGAGAGCGAACAUAUAUGCGAACGUGUCGUUCCGCAACUACAGCAUGCAAACGGCAGUGUCGUCCUGGCCGCUGUAAAGGUGAUCAUGAUCCAUAUGAAGCACAUUUCUUCAGAGAGAGCAGACCUGGAGAAGCAAUUGAUACGGAAGAUGGCCCCACCUCUCGUUACCCUCGUGUCAAGCGCACCAGAGGUGCAAUGGGUGGCACUGCGUAAUAUCAACCUCCUCCUACAAAAGCGCGAUGAUUUGCUACAAAACGAGAUGAGAGUCUUCUUUUGCAAGUAUAACGAUCCACCUUAUGUCAAAGUCGAGAAGCUCGCCAUCAUGGUCCGGCUCGCUGGAGAAAACAACGUCGAUACGUUCCUCAGCGAACUAAGAGAGUACGCGUCAGAAGUAGACGUCGACUUUGUACGACGAAGUAUCAAGGCGAUCGGCCAAUGCGCCAUCAAGAUUGAAUCCUCCGCGGAACGAUGUGUUGGCGUUUUGAUGGACCUAAUCAACACGCGAGUGAGCUAUGUUGUUCAAGAGGCCGUCGUCGUGAUGAAGGACAUUUUCAGAAAGUAUCCGUCGACGUACGAAGGUGUCAUCCCGACACUUUGUGCCAACCUCGAAGAGCUCGACGAGCCAGAAGCCAAGGCAUCAUUGAUUUGGAUCAUUGGUGAAUAUGCCGAGAAAAUCGACAAUGCCGAGGAACUUUUGGGCAUCUUCGUGGACUCGUUCACAGAGGACGCCUACCUCGUUCAACUACAAACACUGACAGCUGUCGUCAAACUCUUCCUGAAACGACCAGAUCGUUCGCAGCCUAUUCUGCAACGAGUGCUCGACCUAGCGACCAAAUGUGAUUCUCCAGACGUGCGAGAUCGUGCAUACAUAUACUGGCGACUUUUGUCAACGGAUACGAGUGCAGCGAGGGCCGUCGUAAUGGCACAUCGACCUGCGAUAUCAUUACCACGGACAACAGUCUCUCCAGCCGUCUUGGAAGAGCUGAUUAGUGACAUUGGGUCAUUGGCAAGUGUCUAUCACAAGCCAGCAGAAACCUUUGUCGGUAAAGGCCGUAUGGGAGCCGAGUCGAUGAAGAAGAGCAUCCUAGAGGACGAGGUACAAGCGCGAGAGGCGGCAAUCCAAAAGGUGGCGGCAGGACAAGUCGCAGAAAACUUGCUCGACUUCGACGACGCACCUGCAGUCGAAGGCGUGGCUCCGAGCGGCAUUGCAGCGGCCGUCGCCAGUACGCCAGGCGUCAGCAAAGUGCUCACGUCGAGUAACCCUCUUGACGAUUUGGUGUCCAUUUUUGGCGCUGGAGGAACCGCCGCUGCUGCUUCCAGCGGUGGAAACGAUCUUGCUGGUUUGGGCGGGAUAGUUUCACCCGUCUCGACGGCUCCUCCACCUGGUCAGGGGCUCGCUGGUUUGGAUAUGUUUGGUGGAGCGUCACUGCCGGCAGCAGCGGCACCUACACCAGCCAAACCCCCCGCGACGCAGCCACAGGAUGAUCUCCUAGGAUUAUUCUGA